UUGCCAAAAAUAGGUUAAAAAAAGAGAUUUAAAUGAAUUUUGGGACAAGUUUUCAAAAGAAAGACUUUUAGGACAAUUUGGGUGUGAAUAGACAAAAAUGCCCUUCCUUUCCUUUCCCUCUUCCACGUUGCUUUCCCUUCUCUCCACCAUCGAUUCGUUCUCUUUCGCGUAUAGUUCCGUUUCCCUUCUCUUUUCUUUCGUGUAGAACACCUGAACCUACUCCGGCCAUCGUCAGUUGUUCAUCGUCACUUGCCCAUCGUCGCUUGCCCAUCGUCGUUUGCCCUUCGUCGCUUGCCCUUCGUCGCUUGCCCUUCGUCGGUCGUUGUCCAGUGCAUUUCGUCGCUCCUAUUCGGACCAUUCAAUCAACUUCGAGCGUCUUAUUUAGGUGAGUUUCAUGUAUAACCGAUUUUCAAUUUAUCUGCUGUAAGUAAAUGUUUGUUAGGGUAUUUGGUGCUAUUUUCAUCCGUAAUUGUCUGGUUUUUGGAAUUGGACUUAUUUGCCGUAAAUUAGUUUAGUCAAAUUUUGGUUUUAGGUUCUUAGAAAGUUCAAUGUUCAAUGGCUAGUGAAAAAUGAAUUGAACUAGAGGAUGAGGAUUUAGUUGGAUCAAAUAGAGGAGGAGUAAGCAAUAGGAAUAGAAGGAAUUAAGGUUUUUUUUUUUAUCUCGCAUUUUUUUUUAUCUCGCACUUAUCUCGCACGUAUCUCGCACGUUCCAAACUUUCACUAUUUAUUUCAAAAUCAACUUGGUACACCUCCUAAUCCAUUUAGAGCUAUUCUUUGCAUGUUUAGUAACUCUCUUAGGCCCUCAUGCUUUAUCAUGCUUUAUCUCGCACGUAUCUCGCACACAUCUCGCACGUUCCGAACUUUCACUAUUUAUUUCAAAAUCAACUUGGUACACCUCCUAAUCCAUUUAGAGCUAUUCUUUGCAUGUUUAGUAACUCUCUUAGGCCCUCAUGCUUUAUCUCGCACGUAUCUCGCACGUAUCUCGCACACAUCUCGCACGUUCCGAACUUUCACUAUUUAUUUCAAAAUCAACUUGGUACACCUCCUAAUCCAUUUAGAGCUAUUCUUUGCAUGUUUAGUAACUCUCUUAGGCCCUCAUGCUUUAUCUCGCACGUAUCUCGCACACAUCUCGCACGUAUCUCGCACACAUCUCGCACACAUCUCGCACGUUCCAAACUUCCACUAUUUAUUUCAAAAUCAAAUUGGUACACCUCCUAAUUCAUUUCUUUACAUCUUGCACGCAUUUUGUAGGUUCUUAAGUUCAAAUCAAUUUUUUAAGAUACAAAAGUACUUAAGGUAGUUUAAGGAUGGCACAUGUUCGGAUUUUAGUGCGUCACGGUGGUGAAUGGGAUGAGGGACGAAGAAAAUAUGAAGGAGGAGUGUUAAAAGGCAUUGUUGUCCCUAAAGAAAUAACACACAAAGAUUUACAGUCUGAACUAUAUGACCUUGCAGAAGUUGACCCUACAAAGUUUGACAUAAAGAUAAGAUGUAUAUAUGAGAUCAAAGGGGAAAAGGAAGCUCCUCCAUUUGAGUUAAGCAAUGACCGUGAUUUGAAGUUUUAUAUUCUUAGUGAAAAUCCAUUGGAGGUCCCCCUAUACCUAUCGUUUGAGCCUACAAGCAAUCGAAGCAUGAAAGUGUUAAACAAAGAUUACAAUUCAGUAUCUGGGAGCAACCAAGUUCAAAAUUUAAACCCUCAUCCUCCUCCAAUUGGAAUGGAUAGAUUAGAUGAGAAUGAAGUUGAUAUUGGUGAAGUCGAGGGUGGCUUGUGUCAUAACAUGAUAGGGACCAAUUCGGCUAUAUGGGAAUCAUAUGAGUCAUAUCAUUCAAUAGAUGAUACUUUUACAUUGGAGUCAGUUGAGAUGUACAAUGAAUUGUUUGACAUCCCAGAACAAAGAGAUGCUCCUACAAAAGAUUGCAAAGGAAAAGGUAAAGUUGACUACAGGUCCUCUAGUCGGAAGUUGAAGACAAAAGGAAGUGGCUGGUCGGAAGAAAGCUCUACAAGUGAAGAGUUGGAUGUAGGACAAAUAUUUUUUUGCAAGAGAGAUUUGUCAAUGAGAUUAAGUGUGUUGGCAAUGAAAAAAAAUUUUCAGUUUGUAGUAAAAAAGUCUACAAAAGAGGUUCUUUUCGUUAGAUGCAUCGACAACAAGUGUGGUUGGAGAUUGCGAGCGGUUAGACUGAAGGAUUCAAAUAUAUUCAAGAUUAAAAAGUAUGUGAAAGUUCAUUCAUGUUCUCUUGAGUUUUUGAAUCGUGACCAUAGGCAAGCAAAAUCUUGGGUUGUUGGAGAAUUAAUAAAGUCCAAAUUCAAGGGGCCCGGUCGCAUAUACAAACCACGUGAUAUCAUAGAAGACAUGAGGCAAGACUAUGGCAUAAAUAUGAGUUAUGAGAAAGCAUGGCGUGCCAGAGAAAAUGCAUAUGAACGAGUGCGAGGGUCUCCUGAAGAGUCAUAUAAUCUUUUGCGUAGAUAUGGUGAAGCACUCAAAUUUACAAAUUCAGGUACAAUAUUUCACAUGGAACUCGAAGAUGAUCGUUUCUUUAAAUAUCUUUUUAUGGCUGUUGGUGCAUGUGUUAGAGGAUUCUUAAAUUGCAUUAGACCGGUCAUAGUCAUGGACGGAACAUUUCUUAAGAACAAAUAUCGGGGUCAGUUGAUAGUGGCCGUUUGUUUAGAUGGUAACAAUCAGAUCUAUCCUCUAGCCUUUGGAGUAGUUGAUAGAGAAACAGAUGACUCAAUACAGUGGUUCUUAGAAAAAUUGAAAGGUGCAAUAGGGGAGGUGCCUAAUCUAGGCUUUGUGACAGAUCGGAAAACAUGCUUCGCCAAGGGUAUUUCAUCAGUUUUCCCAUCUGCAUUCCACGGCCUUUGUGUCCAACAUUUGAGUCAAAAUUUGCAUGAUAAAUAUAAGAAUGACACGGUUGCUACUUUGUUUUAUAAUGCAUCGAGAACAUAUCGUGAAUCAACGUUUGUUGAAGCGUGGAGACAUCUUCUUUCAUUUCCUAAUGGUUCAGGGAAAUAUUUAAAUGAUGUUGGAAUAGCACGAUGGUCUCGUGUUCACUGCCCAGGAAGACGGUAUAACAUGAUGACAACAAAUAUAGCGGAGUCCAUGAAUUCUAUACUGAAAGAACCUAGAGAUUUGCCUAUUGCUUCAUUCCUUGAAAAUGUUCGAGCUUUGCUACAACGUUGGUUUUGGGAGCGUCGAGAAGAAGGCAUUAAAGUGACGUCUACAUUGACCAAAUGGGCAGAGUUAGUUAUUCAAAAGAAACAAGAAGGAGCUUUGACAAUGAAGGUCAACCCAAUUGACUGUUACCAAUUUCAUGUCAAAGAUUUAGAUAAGGAGGAGGUCGUAAACCUUCAGACUAAAGAAUGCACUUGCAAGGAGUUUCAAGCUGAGCAACUACCAUGCUCACAUGCCAUUGCUGCAGCACGGGUUCGUAAUAUAAAUGUUUAUAGUUUAUGUGCUAAUUAUUACACUAAUGAAUGUUUGUUGGCUGCAUAUGCGGAGGCCGUCUACCCAGUUGGGAAUCAGUCAGAUUGGAAGACAAGCGAAGACUACGUACAUAUGACUGUUUUACCUCCAAAAGUAGUCAAAAGAGUUGGUCGACCGAAGAAAAAGAGGAUUCCAAGUGUUGGUGAAGCUCCGAAAUUGCAUAAGUGUGGUCGGUGUAAACAAAUAGGUCACAACAGAUUAACGUGUACCAAUCCAAUUUCAUAUACCGACAAGUCGAGCAUACAAGAUUAGAAAUUUCCCUACCAAUGUACUAAGUAUUACACUAAUUAAUUAAUGUUUGUUAAUGAUGUGUUUUCUUAAUGAUUUGUCCCAACAUUCUUACUUUCUGUGCUUCCAAAUGGAUGAAGAAGACGAAAAUAACGAUUGACUUAUUCAUUUAAGAACACAAACACUGGUUUUAUGAUCGUUUAAAAAUAACUAAAUGUUCGUUUAAAAAUAUGUAAACGAUCGUUUAAAAAUAACUAAACGAUCGGUUAAGAACAACCAAACGAUCGUUUGAAAACAACUAAACGAUAGGUUAAACAAAACUAAACGAUCGAUUGGUCGAACAAAACUAAACGAUCGUUUAAAACAACCAAUCGAUCGUUGGAAAACAACUAAACGAUCAGUGAAACAAAACUAAACGAUUGGUCAAACAAAACUAAACGAUCGUUUAAAACAACCAAUCGAUACCUUGAAAUUAACUAAACGAUCAGUUAAACAAAACUAAACGAUUGGUCGAACAAAACUAAACGAUCGUUUAAAACAACCAAUCGAUCGUUUGAAAUUAACUAAACGAUCGACUAUAAAAAACUAAACGAUCGUUUACAUAAACUAAACGAUCUUUUGAAACAACGAAAGACACCCGCGAAUUGUUUACAACCGCGAUUCAACAUUUCAAAAAAAGUAUGCGAAUUUACAAUAUUGCCCCUUUGGUAAAAACGACCGAUAUAUAUAUACGUUCCGCCUUCUCACUUUUCGUUUUUCGUCACUACGCAAUACACAACCGCACUGAUCACACCUUCGUUUUCUCUCAGUCCAUUGUUCUCUCAGACCAUUUUUGUCUCAGUCCAUAGUUUUCGUCAACGUUAAAAGGAUGGCUGUACCUAGCGAAAAGUAUUUCCCUGCCACUGUGUCAUGCCAAGUGCACAAGAUCGGCAGUCUUAUUAAGGAUAAACUGACCAAGGACCAGCUGCAAAUGUUCGAAAAAACAAUUUUUGGUCCAUUGCUGAAUGUGAACAUGGUAUUCAACGGCCAGUUGAUCCAUCAUUUCUUGCUGAGGCAGAUACCUGAAGACGGUAACGCAGAUGGAAUCUGUUUCUCGGUUUUAGGGAAGAACGUCCGUUUUACCCAAAAGGAAUUCAACAUCAUAACUGGAUUGUGGCCAACAAACAAUCCAUUGGAGAAAGAUUGCGAUAGCAAGCGACUGCAGAGUCUUCUAUUCGGAUCAGAAAAUAAGAAAGUAAUAACAUGCUUGGAAAUUGAGGAAAUUUUCAAGAAUUUUGAGUUUACAAAUGAUGACGAUGCUGUGAAGGUCGCCUUGGCCGUCUUUAUAGAAACUGUGAUGGUCGGGAAGGAUAAGAAAACACAGUUUGACAUGGACAUUUUGGGAAGAGUUGAUGAUGAAGAAGCAUUUAAAAGCUUCGAUUGGUCAACUUUCUUCUACACUCGUCUGCUCAACAGUUUAAAGACAAGUCUCCAAGGCAAAAAAGAAGCAUACGAGCUGAAGAAGACACGAAGUUCCAAAGCAGUGUCAUACUAUAACAUCAAAGGCUACGUCCUUGCUUUUCAGGUGUGGGCUUAUGAAGUACUCUCAACCGCAAAUGAGCACCUGGCCACAAGAAACAGUAAGGGAUUAAUCCCAAGGAUAUUGAGAUGGAAUUGUACACAAGCUCCAUCUUACAAAAUGCUGCAGAAUAACAUAUUCGACAACAAAAAUGUAAGUAAAACCUGUCAGUCAUCGUUUAAUAUAAUUACACAAUCCAAUAAUAC